GCACUAGAUAUGACCGGGCCUCAUGCUGCUGAUUACUACGUCAUCCACCGGCGACAGAUGCUUCUGCGCGACAUUUGUUUACACGAUGGCGUCGGUGGAUUUGAGAGACAACAACCUCCUGGGGAUAUCGUGGGUUGACAGUGGCUGGGUGCCCAUUCUCAACCCUGGCAAUGUGCUGGACUAUUUCUCUGAGAGGAGUAAUCCGUUCUACGACCGCACCUGUAACAACGAGGUGGUGAAGAUGCAGCGUCUCACUCUGGAACAUCUCAAUCAGAUGGUUGGAGUGGAGUACAUUCUCCUUCAUGCCCAGGAGCCCAUCCUCUACAUCAUCAGGAAACAACAGAGACAGUCUCCUACUCAGGUCAUCCCUUUAUCUGACUACUACAUCAUAGCUGGGGUGGUGUAUCAGGCUCCUGAUCUGGGAACAGUUAUUGGAUCCAGAGUGCUGUCUGCUGUACAUGGUGUCCAGUCUGCCUUCGAUGAGGCCAUGUCAUACUGUCGCUAUCACCCAUCUAAAGGAUACUGGUGGCACUUCAAAGACCAGGAGGAGAGAGAUGCCAAAGCCAAGCCAAAGUCCAAGAAGAAAGAGGAACCCAGUUCCCUGUUCCAGAGACAGCGUGUGGACACACUUCUACUCGAUUUGAGGUCCAAGUUUCCUCCAACGUAUUACCAGCCUAAGCCUGGGGAGAAGCCCAUCCCAGUGGAGGUGAAGAAGGAGUCUGAACCCCCAGCAGAGACGGUGAAGCAGGAAGAGAGAGAGAGAGAGCCAGCCACCAAGACUUCUGCUCCAGCUCCCCCCAGCAGCAAACCACCUCCGGAGAAACGGGCCAGGCUACAGUGAUGACCGAUGGCCACUCCUGUAUAUAUUUCUGAUAAUGUCCAUUCUUCGAAGAAGAAGAAAAAAAAAAAGCACACUGCUCUUGCCAGUAUCACCUUUUUGUUAAUUCAAGCUUAUAUGUCAGCCUCUUGGCCUUCGUCAUUGAUGUGUACAUUCUCACAUUGGCAAGGCACACAGAAUGGACAUACGGCACAGGUAGAACCCAAUCUGACUGAACAAUGCUAAGGAAGUUGUUUGUGUCUGAUGGAAGGUGUGUGGAAAUGGACCUCCAUCCCAGAUGCCAGACCAAACAGACCGUAACAACUCAUGAUCCUGUUUCUGAAGGGCUUGACAGUCAAUUAACAUGGAAUGGCAUUAGGAAAGGCAAAUUAAUAGUCCUAAAUGGCACCCUAUUCCCUAUAUAGCGCACUACUUUUGACCAGGGCCCUGGCACCCUAUUUUCUGUA